GCCAAGCAUACUUCUGCUCUUCAAAGGCAUUUAGAUUUUCUGCGAGCUUAAUUGAAAUGCACAGUUUUUUCUGAGAAUUUCUACUAAGUAACAAUCCUUUCAAGUCAAAGGAUACUUGGGGGAAAAGAUAGACUUUAACUGCUGAUGUAACUUCACUGGGAGCACCUGGGUUUACAGACCUUAUCUGAAGAUCAGGAGAUAUUACCUUAUAUCGGCACAACUGUAGGAUCAAUGGAAGAGUACAACACAUCCUCUACAGACUUCACUUUCAUGGGGCUGUUCAACAGAAAGGAAACCUCAGGUCUUAUUUUUGCCAUCAUCUCUAUAAUCUUCUUCACUGCACUGAUGGCCAAUGGGGUUAUGAUCUUCCUGAUCCAAACAGAUUUGCGCCUUCAUACACCCAUGUACUUCCUCCUCAGCCACCUUUCCUUAAUUGACAUGAUGUAUAUUUCCACCAUUGUGCCUAAGAUGCUGGUUGAUUACCUGCUGGAUCAAAGGACCAUUUCCUUUGUGGGGUGCACAGCUCAACACUUCCUCUACCUUACCCUUGUGGGAGCUGAAUUCUUCCUGCUGGGCCUCAUGGCCUAUGACCGCUAUGUGGCCAUUUGCAACCCUCUGAGAUACCCUGUCCUCAUGAGCCGCCGGAUCUGUUGGAUGAUUAUAGCAGGUUCCUGGUUUGGGGGCUCUUUGGACGGCUUCCUCCUAACCCCCAUCACCAUGAGCUUUCCCUUCUGCAAUUCCCGGGAGAUUAACCACUUCUUCUGUGAGGCACCAGCAGUCCUGAAGUUGGCAUGUGCAGACACAGCCCUCUACGAGACAGUGAUGUAUGUGUGCUGUGUUUUGAUGCUGCUGAUUCCUUUCUCUGUAGUCCUUGCUUCCUAUGCCCGAAUCCUGACUACAGUUCAGUGCAUGAGCUCAGUGGAGGGCAGGAAGAAGGCACUUGCCACUUGUUCAUCCCACAUGACUGUGGUGUCCUUGUUCUAUGGGGCUGCCAUGUACACCUACAUGCUGCCACACUCUUACCACAAGCCAGCCCAGGACAAAGUCCUCUCUGUGUUUUACACCAUUCUCACACCCAUGCUGAACCCCCUCGUCUACAGCCUUAGAAACAAGGAUGUGACUGGAGCUCUGAAGAGGGCCUUGGGGAGGUUCAAGAGUCCUCAAAGGGCGUCAGGAGGUGUCUUUUGACAGUCGACUCCUUCCCAUGCAUAUGGUAAAUGGGAGACUCUGUGGUCACUGUGGCUGUGCUUUCAUCAAAAGAUGAGGCAAAAAGGGAGGGAGUCAUACGAUUACAAUAUUGGCUUUUUGUCUAGGGUUUCUGGUUCAUAACUCCAUAGUUAUGUUAUGAUGUUGUGGUUUUUUAAGCCUCAGAAAACUGAAUCUCUCUCUGUGAUCUUCGCCUUCCCUCUGUUCACCUGCUUCUUUUUCUCCCCAAAGAAAGCCUUAGAAACUAAAAAUAUAAUCCAAUCUUUCCCCACUUUUGGUCACAAAGAAAUUAUCUGACUACCUUGUCUGACUGUAUGUCAUAAGACCUCUGUUUCAAAAGAGGUCUUCUCUCAUACCCUGGGGGAGGGAAUGCUAUACAGAGAGGCCAAGAAGAAUCUGAUCAGACAGGCCUUCAUGGGUGUCCCCACUCACUCUAUCAACAUUAGGUCAUACUCUUUGUUCAAUCAUAUUUCUAUGCAAUUGUCCAUGCUUCAAUCAUGACUAUUCGAUAAAGUCUCCAUCUCAGGGCCAAAAGGAGAGGACAGAAAACUUCUGGACAGCUAAACUCAUGAAGCUGAACAGGAGGGUGAUAAGAACCCAUCCAUGUGCCUGGAGGGUGGCAUGUCCCAACUCCACAGAGGCAGAAGCUCUUAUGCUCUUCCAGACCUCACCCUCUGUGUCUUUUCAUCUGGCUGUUUCUGUGUAUCCUUUGUAAUAUCAUUUAUAAUAAAUGGUAAACAUAGGUAAGUGUUUCCUUGAAUUCUGUGAGCCUUUAUAGUAAACUAACUGAACCCAAGGAAGGGCCGUGGGAUCCCCAAUUUACAAUCACUUGGUCAAAAGUACAGGACAACUUGGGGCUUUUAAUUGGCACUGGAAAUGGAAGGCAGUGUUAUGGGACUGAGC